CCGCGCGCGGCUCCCCGGACCGGAAGUGGAGGCGAACUGUCGCGGGGCGCGCCCGGCCUUGCUCAACGCCCGGCAGUCCCUGCCGCCGCCGCCGCCCUCGGCAGCUGCCGAGGCUUCCCGCAGCCGUCAUGUCAGCCAGUGCCGUCUACGUGCUGGACCUAAAGGGCAAGGUGCUCAUCUGCCGGAAUUACCGCGGUGACGUGGACAUGUCGGAGGUGGAGCACUUCAUGCCUAUCCUGAUGGAGAAGGAGGAGGAAGGGAUGCUGUCGCCCAUCCUGGCCCACGGGGGAGUCCGCUUCAUGUGGAUCAAGCACAACAAUCUGUAUCUGGUUGCCACGUCCAAGAAGAACGCAUGUGUGUCGUUGGUGUUCUCCUUCCUUUAUAAGGUGGUACAGGUGUUUUCAGAGUACUUCAAGGAGCUGGAGGAGGAGAGCAUCCGUGACAACUUUGUCAUCAUCUACGAGCUGCUGGACGAGCUCAUGGACUUUGGCUACCCACAGACCACCGACAGCAAGAUCCUGCAGGAGUACAUCACUCAGGAAGGCCACAAGCUGGAAACGGGGGCCCCGAGGCCCCCAGCCACCGUCACCAAUGCAGUGUCCUGGCGGUCCGAGGGCAUCAAGUACCGGAAGAACGAGGUGUUCUUGGACGUCAUCGAGUCCGUCAACCUCUUGGUCAGUGCCAACGGCAACGUGCUGCGCAGCGAGAUCGUGGGCUCCAUCAAGAUGCGGGUCUUCCUGUCGGGCAUGCCCGAGCUGCGCCUGGGCCUCAAUGACAAGGUCCUCUUCGACAACACGGGCCGUGGCAAAAGCAAGUCCGUGGAGCUGGAGGAUGUGAAGUUCCACCAGUGUGUGCGACUCUCACGCUUUGAGAACGACCGCACCAUCUCCUUCAUCCCUCCAGAUGGCGAGUUUGAGCUCAUGUCCUACCGUCUCAACACCCACGUCAAGCCCUUGAUAUGGAUCGAGUCCGUGAUCGAGAAGCAUUCCCACAGCCGCAUCGAGUACAUGAUCAAGGCCAAGAGCCAGUUCAAGCGGCGGUCGACGGCCAACAAUGUGGAGAUCCACAUCCCUGUGCCCAACGAUGCCGACUCCCCCAAGUUCAAGACGACGGUGGGGAGUGUCAAGUGGGUCCCCGAGAACAGCGAGAUCGUGUGGUCCAUCAAGUCCUUCCCGGGGGGCAAGGAGUACCUGAUGCGGGCUCACUUCGGCCUGCCCAGCGUGGAGGCGGAGGACAAGGAGGGCAAGCCCCCGAUCAGCGUCAAGUUCGAGAUCCCUUACUUCACUACCUCUGGCAUCCAGGUGCGCUACCUGAAGAUCAUCGAGAAGAGCGGCUACCAGGCUCUGCCGUGGGUCCGCUACAUCACUCAGAACGGAGAUUACCAGCUCCGGACCCAGUGAGGGGCCGUGUGGCCAGCACCCCUGGCCCCAACGCUGGGGCUCCUGGUAGAAGCACCAGGAGGAAGCACCUGCCAAGCCCUCUGGAUGGAGGAGGGCACCCCUGGCCACCACCAGCCUCCCGGCUCCUCCCGGGACCCCUCCUUUUCCAGGCACACCUGCCCUGCCGCUGCCACUCUCGUCUCUGGGUCCCUUCUCCCGGAAGAGGCUCAUCUUCGAGAAGUCUUGUCUCUCUGCCCCCCUGAGUCAGUUUGAGGGGAAGGAAACGAAGUCUUUCCCUCUAGAGAUCAAAUACAGCCUUCUGUGCUGUUUAGCUCCCAGGCACCAAAAGGCUGGGGAGAUGCUCACCCGGCCGCGGGCUGUGCACGGCCUCUGGCCAGGCUGGCCGGCCGCUGUUCGGUUGCCGUUCUGUUCACGAGUGUUCCUAGUUCCUGUCUCGUCCGUUCGUUGUUUACGUGAACUUCACUGUCCGCGCCUCCCGCCCCUUGUCUUGAAGCUCUCAGGCAGCACUUAGUGAGGGCACAGCGCCCUCCUCCUCAGCCAGGCCCACUCGAUGCUGGGUUCCCUCCCACGUCUGGCCCGACCCCGGCACGCGCCUCUGUGGCAAAGGCUCUGGCCUCACCCCGAGGCUUCAGCGGAGGUGCCUUCCCAGGGUCAGCCAUGCGUGUGAUGCUGUCACGCAGCCACAUCAGUGUUUGUCCCACCAGGGAAGUGGUGUCCAACGAGGACCGCUGGCCUCGGAGGGUUGGGGGCACAGGUCACCAUGUCUGUGCUUGGUCACCCCACCACCACCCUGUCUGUGUUCGUGUCACGAUUACAUUAAAUUCCAUUACUUACACA